UCUGCUGGCCUCUCUCCUUCGCUCGUCUGGGCGGCGGCGGCGGCAACGGGGGGACGGGCGGGUGGCGCAUCCGGGCGCGGAGGCAGGAGGAGCAGUCUCAUUGUUCCGGGAGCCGUCGCCACUGCAGGUCCCUCGGCUCCGUGGGCUCGGCCCCUCUCAGUCUUCCCCAACCAUGAGACCCUUUUUGCUCUUCCUGCUGCAUCUGAGCCUGUGAUACACUCCUCUGCAGAACAAAUUAUGGAUUUGAAGGAGAAGCCAGGUAACACUGUUUCAGCUGGUCAAGAGGAUUUCCCAUCUGUCCUACUUGAAACUGCUGCUUCUCUUCCUUCUCUAUCUCCUCUCUCAGCUGCUUCUUUUAAAGAACAUGAAUACCUUGGUAAUGUACCAGCAGUAUUAUCCACGGAAGGAACACUUCAAGAAACUUUAAAUGAAGCUUCUAAACAGCUCUCAGAGAAGGCAAAAAAUCCAUUUGUAGAUAGAGAUUUAACAGAGUUUUCAGAACUAGAGUAUUCAGAAAUGGGAUCAAAAUUUAGUGGCUCUCCAAAAGCAGAAUCUGCCAUAAUGGUAGCAAACCCUAGGGAAGAAGUAAUUGCAAAGAAUAAAGAUGAAGAAGAGGACUUAGUUAGUAAUAACAUCCUUCGUAAUCAGCAAGGCUUACCUGUGGCCCUUACUGAGCUGGUGAAAGAAGAGGACAAAGUUAUGUUUCCAGAAAAAACAAUGGACAGUUUUAAUGAAAAGGAAGCUGCAGUAGAAGCUCCUAUAAGGGAAGAGUAUGCAGACUUCAAACCAUUUGAACGAGUAUGGGAAGUGAAAGAUGCUUAUAAGGAAGAUAGUGGUAUGCCGGCUGCAGGGGGUAGUAUAGAGAGCAAAUUGGAAAGUAAAGCGGAUGAGAAAUAUUUUGCAGAUAGCCUGGAGCAAACGAAUCAUGAAAAAGAGAGUGAAAGCAGUAAUGAUGAUACUUCUUUUCCCAGUACACCAGAAGCUGUAAAAGACGGUUCAGGAGCAUAUAUCACAUGUGCUCCCUUUAACCCAGCAGCAACUGAGAGCAUUGCAACAAACAUUUUUCCUUUGCUGGAAGACCAUACUUCAGAAAAUAAGACAGAUGAAAAAAAAAUAGAAGAAAAGAAAGCUCAGAUUGUAACAGAGAAGAAUAUUAGCACCAAAUCCUCAAACCCUUUCCUUGCAGCAACACAGGAUUCUCAGACUGAGUAUGUCACAACAGAAAAUUUAUCAAAGGUGACUGGGGAAGCAGUGGCAAACAUGCCUGAAGGUCUGACACCAGAUUUAGUACAGGAAGCAUGUGGAAGUGAAUUGAACGAGGCUGCAGGGACAAAGAUUGCCUAUGAAACAAAAAUGGACUUGGUGCAAACCUCAGAAGCUAUGCAGGAAUCACUCUACCCUGUAACACAGCUUUGCCCAUCAUUUGAAGAAUCUGAAGCUACUCCAUCACCAGUUUUGCCUGACAUUGUUAUGGAAGCACCAUUAAAUACUGUAGUUCCUAGUGCUGGUGCUUCUGCAGGGCAGCCCAGCUCAUCACCGUUAGAAGCUCCUCCUUCAGCUAAUUAUGAAAGUGUAAAGCUUGAUUCUGAAAGUCCACCCCCAUAUGAAGAGGCAAUGAACGUAAAAAAAAUAUCAGGAAUAAAAGAAGAAAUUAAAGAGCCUGAAACUACUGAUGCAGUUGUUCAAGAAACAGAAGCUCCUUAUAUAUCCAUUGCAUGUGAUUUAAUUAAAGAAACAAAGCUGUCUAGUGAACCAAGCCCAGAUUUCGCUAAUUAUUCAGAAAUAGCAAAAGUUGAACAGCCAGUGCCUGAUCGUUCUGAGUUAGUUGAGGAUUCCUCACCUGAUUCUGAGCCAGUUGACUUAUUUAGUGAUGAUUCAAUACCUGAAGUUCCACAAAGACAAGAUGAAGCUGUGAUACUUUUGAAAGAAAAUCUCACUGAAACUUCAUAUGAGUCAGCGUUAGAAUAUGAAAAUAAAGAAAAACUCAGUACUUUACUACCUGAGGGAGGAAAGCCGUAUUUGGAAUCUUUUCAGUCCAAUUUAAGCACCACAAGAGAUAGCCCAUCACCUGAUGAAGUUUUGACAUUGACCAAAAAGGAGAAAAUUCCUUUGCAAAUGGAGGAUCUCAAAACUGCAGUUUAUGCAAAGGAGGACUUACUUGUUUCUAAGGAAGCCACAAUAAGAGAAAGUGAAACAUUUUCAGAUUCAUCUCCAAUUGAAAUUAUAGAUGAGUUCCCUGCAUUUGUUAGUUCUAAAACUGAUUCUUCUCCUAAAUCAGCCAGGGAGUACACUGACUUGGAGGUAUCCCACAGAAGUGAAAUUCCUAAUGUCCAGGAUGGAACUGGGUCAUUGCCCUGCUCAGAAUUGCCCCGUGACCUUUCUUUCAAGGAGGUACAACCAAAAGAUGAAGAUAAAAUCUCAGAUGAAUUCUCCAAAAAUAGGUCUGAUGUAGCCAAGGCACCCUUACUUCCUCCAGAUGUUUCUGCUUUGGACACUCAAACAGAGAUAGGCAGCAUAGUUAAACCCAAAGUUCUUGUGAAAGAAGCUGAGAAAAAACUUCCUUCUGACACAGUGAAAGAGGACAGAUCACCAUCUGCUAUAUUUUCAGCAGAGCUGAGUAAAACUUCAGUUGUUGACCUCCUCUACUGGAGAGACAUUAAGAAGACUGGAGUGGUGUUUGGUGCCAGCUUAUUCUUGCUGCUUUCAUUGACAGUAUUCAGCAUUGUGAGUGUAACGGCCUACAUUGCCUUGGCUCUCCUCUCUGUGACUAUCAGCUUUAGAAUAUAUAAGGGUGUGAUCCAAGCUAUCCAGAAAUCAGAUGAAGGCCAUCCAUUCAGGGCAUAUUUGGAAUCUGAUGUUGCUAUAUCUGAGGAGUUGGUUCAGAAAUACAGUAAUUCUGCUCUUGGUCAUGUGAAUUGCACAAUAAAAGAACUCAGGCGCCUCUUCUUAGUUGAUGAUUUAGUUGAUUCCCUAAAGUUUGCAGUGUUGAUGUGGGUAUUCACCUACGUUGGUGCCUUGUUCAAUGGUCUGACUCUUCUGAUUUUGGCUCUGAUCUCACUCUUCAGUGUUCCUGUUAUUUAUGAACGACAUCAGGCGCAGAUAGAUCAUUAUCUAGGACUUGCAAAUAAGAAUGUUAAAGAUGCUAUGGCUAAAAUUCAAGCAAAAAUCCCUGGAUUGAAGCGCAAAGCUGAAUGAUAAACAAUAGGAAUUCAUCUUUGAAAGGGGGGUGUUUAUUUGCUUACAUGGGGGAGGGUCAGGGAAGAAUGAAACCUUGACAUCACAGUGCAGCUUCACAGAUCUUUAUUUUUAGCAAUGCACUGUUUGAGGAAAAAUUACCUGUCUUGACUGCCAUGUGUUCAUCAUCUUAAGUAUUUGUAAGCUGCUAUGUAUGGAUUUAAACCGUAAUCAUAUUUGUUUUUCCUGUAUGAGGCACUGAUGAAUAAAAAAAAGAUCUGAGAAAGCUGUAUAUUACACUUGGUUGCAGGUAGUCUUGCUGUAUUUUUGGAAAGUUGCCGAGAAAGUGGAGCUGGAAAAAAUAACCCUUUUCACAGUUUGUGCGCUGUGUGUGGUCUGUGUAGAUUGAUGCAGAUUUUCUGAAAUGAAAUGUUUAGACGAGAACAUACCACUAAAGCAAGAAUGAAAAAGCUUGCCUUUCUGAUAUGUUCUAGGUGUAUUGUGAAUUUUACUGUUAUAUUAAUUGCCAAUAUAAGUAAAUAUAGAUUAUAUAUAUCUAUCUAUAUAUAGUGUUUCACAAAGCUUAGCCCUUUCCCUUCCAGCUGUCCCCACAGUGCUUGAUGUUUCAGAGUCAUUGGUUACCAUGUGUAGUUCCAAAGCACAUAAGCUAGAAAAAGAAAAUAUAUUUCUAGGAGCACUACCAUCCUUUUUCAACAUGAGACAAUGCCAUACACAUAGAACUCUGACAUAAACUUCAUUGCACCGACUUACUUAGUUAAUUUUGUCACAAACUCUGAAUCUGUGGACUGAACCUAAUGCUUCCAAAAAUGUUGUUUGCAAAUAUCAAACAUUGUUAUGCAAGAUAUUAUAAAAUGGACUUAUACCGUUGUGGUUUAAGCUGUACUGAACUAAAUCUGUGGAAUGCAUUGUGAAUUGUAAAAGCAAAGUAUCAAUAAAGCUUAUAGACUCAAA